AUGCUGCCAGGUUUUUCUCCUGCUAAAGUGUUGGAUUUUGGUGCUGGCACGGGUUCGGCUUUCUGGGCACUACGAGAAGUCGGGCCGAAUUCCUUGGAGAAAGUUAACUUAGUAAAGCCAUCACAAUCAAUGCAGCGUGCAGGCCAGAGCCUUAUACAAGGUCAGAAGAACUUAACACUUAUUCACAGUUAUGCUACCCUCCAAUCAAUGACUAAAAGCAUCAACAAAUCAGAGAGAGAACAUGACCUUGUAAUUGCUUCCUAUGUGCUUGGAGAGAUACCAUCGCUGAAGGAUCGAAUUACUGUAGUACGCCAACUUUGGGAUCUUACGUGGGAAGUCCUGUGCUCUCACGAUGGGGCAUGUCCUUUGGAGAAAGCAGUUAGUAUUGGCAUUAGAGGUAGACAUCAAAUUGUUGGACAUAUCCAAUUGCUAGAUACUUGUACAAGGGGAACCUCAUGGGACCAGAGUCUGCAGGAGGUUAAUAUAAUAAUUCCAGUGCCUGCUGGAACUAAGUCAAGGGAUAUUGUUUAUGAGGCAAAGAAGAACAGUGUGAAGUUUGGACUGGACUGAAAGGUCGGUCUCUUAUAAUUGAUCAAAAAAUACUCUUAUCAAGUGCAGGGAAGAAAACGGUGGAGUACACAGUGCCAUUAGUAGAGAAGACUAAAGACAUGGCCAUGUUUGCAGGUAAGACCACUCUGCAUUAUGUUGGUCAUUUUGCGGUGGAUUUGAAGGACAAGGCCACUGUGGUAGGUUGGACUGCAGCACAUUACGCAACUGAGGCAGCAGUGGAGGGAACCAAAGCAGCUGCAAGGUUGGAGCUCAAAUGCACAGCAAGGAGGGCAGGAAUGGAGCUCAAAUGCACAGCAAGGGAGGCAGGGGGGAUACUAGAACAUGAUCUACUUAGUGUUUAGUUGUAGAACAGACUAAAUCUUUUGUUAAUACAAUGAUCAUUUCAACUAUAUUUUCUAUGCUUUUGAAUUUAGUACUUAAAUAACGUUGUGUUAGU